AUGGCCGAGGAAAGCCGGCCUCUGCUGGAUGGGCAGUCCAGCCCCCUCGAACAAUCUCCCGAUAGGGCAUCCACCGACCAGCCCAGGCCAUCAUUCGAACUAUCUACAGAAUCAACACCUCUUCUACAUCGCCGUGAGGAUGGAUUGACGAUCUACGGGACCGAGCAAAGGAUAUCCCGGUCCUCCUCAGUCGCAUCACGAACAUGGUAUGAAGACGGCCCCACCAAGAAGCCGAGCCGCGUACGAUGGCCGACGGUGAUCUCACUUGCUAUUUUAACAGCAAGUGUCCUGACGAUAUUGGUACUCGCUUUUGCUGCUCCGGCAGUCGUGAAAGAGUAUGCGCAACAAGCCGCAGUGUUCAAGCCAACGGCCGUCUCGAUCGAUUCGACAACCUCUGAUGGCAUUCGCGCUCGGGUCCAGGGCGAUUUCGUGAUGGACUCGGGUCGUGUGAAGAAUAAGUCGAUUCGGAACCUUGGUCAACUCGCAACAUGGAUUGCCAAGGAGGUUGAGACUGGCCCGUCGGAUGUUGAAGUCUACCUCCCGGAGUAUGGGAAUGUUCUUGUUGGGCAUGCAGCAGUGCCCUCCCUCAAGUUCAGCAUUCGCAGCGGCCAUCAUACCCAUGUGGAUUUCCUUACUGAUUUGGAGGCGGGUGAUAUCCGAGGAAUUCAUGCGAUUGCUAUUGAUUGGAUUGAAGGGAGAUUGGGCCGCCUCAAUGUAAAGGGCAAGGCUACGCUGCAUCUCAAGUCGGGCUUGAUUGCCCUGGGAACUCAGGUGCUAACAGAUAACAUAAUCUUCGAAGAGAAAGAUUUCCCCGCUCUACCAGAGAUUGAUAUUCUCAAGUUGAAUGUACAUGAUGAGAAGAGUGGAGCUCUGGCAGUGGAUGUUCUACUGGAGACUUUGAUUGACUCUCCUAUUGCCCUUACCGUUCCUGCUCUCGGAUUUGACAUUUUAGUGCCAAAUUGUUCACCAGGGGAUCCUUAUAUUCGCGUUGCGUCUGCGAAGACGGCCGAAAUCGAGGUUCACCCUGGCCAGCCAACUCCAGUCGGUGUUGAUGGUCUCAUCCAGAAUCUCCCUGAUGAAUUGACCUCUACCUGCCCAGGAGGCGAGGGGUCCCCUCUGGACUUCUUGGUUUCCAACUAUGUACAGGGCCUCGAGACAACAAUAUAUGUUCGAGGGGCUGAGGCACCAUCACCAAACACCCCAGCAUGGAUGGUUGAUCUGAUGCGCAGCGUGACCGUGCCUUUGCCAUUCUCUGGACACGCAUUGGACAACCUUGUGAAGAACUUCACCAUGUCCGAUACACACUUCUCUCUUCCAGACCCCUUUGCGGACCCCGAUUCCCCAGACUCUCAGCCUACAGUCUCUGCCCUGGUCAAGGUCCUGAUCGCCUUGCCAGAGGAGAUGAACUUCAAGGUUGAUGUUCCGCAAGUUCGCGCUCUUUCAGAUGUCUACUAUAAAGACGAGAAGCUCGGCGUGUUGGUCAUCGACAAAUGGCAAGACGCCAACUCCACAGUCGUCAGCGACGAAGAUGGCUCAUCGGCACUCCUCGUGGAGUUCUCCAUAGAGGAUGCGCCAUUACAGGUCACAAAUGACGGACUCUUGGCCGAGGUCAUCCAAGCACUGUUGUUCGGUAACGAAGCAAUCGUGUUGCGGGUCGCUGCCACCGUAGAUACAAAGGUUUCAACCGGCCUAGGCCGCUUUGCAGUGCACGGGAUUCCCGCGGAAGGGAAAGUUCCCGUGAAGACUUCCUUCGGCGAUUUGCUCGGUCAUUUCAAUCCGCGCGUGGUCUCGUUGCAAUUAGGCGAUACGACUGAAUCUUCGAUGGUUGUGUCUACGCAGGUUAAUUUCACCAAUCCGACAAAUUACUCCGCUACUGUUCCUUUUGCCGACUUUCUGAUACUCUACAAUGACACGGCUGUGGCGCAUAUCACUGCCCACGAUAUAUUUGUUGCUCCUGGGAACAAUACUUACGUGCCCAUUGACUUUUCAUGGUGUCCGUUAGAAUCGAGUGGGCCAGAUGGCGUGGAUGCUGGAAGAACGUUACUCUCUUCCUAUAUAUCAGGGUUAAACACGACAAUCACCAUAAAGCCUCACAAGAAUACAAUCCCAUCUCUCCCACAUCUAGGCAAAGCCCUAUCAAACCUCGCCAUCACCGUACCAAUCCCACCUAUAUCCCCCCCAGGCUCCCCAGACAACGACGACGACGAAAAACCGCAUUUUAUUCAAGAUGCAACGUUCUAUCUCUGGUCCUCAACAGCACAAUUCACCCUCUUCUCCCCACUAACAGAAACAAACAUCCUAGUAACCUCAAUCAACGCAACAGCAUUCUACGAGAAAAACGAACCAAUCGGCCGAAUCCAAAACCACGACCCUUUCAAGGUACCACCGGGUCUAUCCCAGACUCCGCGUUUACCAGUGGAUCUUAAUAUCGGGGGUGUGGGGUAUGACGCUUUGCGCAAGGCCCUUGGGCAGUCGUUGGAGAUGGAUGCUGUUGCAAAGGUCGGGGUGCAGAUUCGGAAUUAUGUUGAUGUUGUUCUUUAUCGGGGGAAGGGGAUUGCUGCUAAAGUUAGAAUUUAG